AUGGCCGACUCCGAGAAGGCAGCCCCUUCGGCGGCCAGCCCCGGCGCCGCUCACGGAAGCGACCAGACGCUGAACACUGUCCGGCACGCCGACGAUGUCCUGCUCGCCAAGUUGGGGUACAAGAGCGAGUUUAGACGCGAGUUUUCAUAUUUCGAGACGAUCGCGUUCGCGUUCUCGAUCAUGGGCGUCGUCGCAUCCGUCUCGUCCACCCUGUCCUUUCCCCUCGUUUCUGGCGGUCAUGUCGGAAUGGUCUUCGGAUGGCUGAUCCCGUGUCUAUUCGUGAUGACAAUCGCGGCAUCUCUAGCGGAGAUGACCUCGUCCAUGCCCACAAGCGCGGGGCUGUACUACUUCUCUGCCAAACUCGCCCCCGACAGAUGGGCUCCGCUCGCCAGCUGGAUCACAGGAUGGGCGAAUGUCACGGGCCAGGUUACCCUCGUGUGCUCAAUCGACUUCACCUGUGCACAAAUGAUCACCACCGCUCUCAGCGUCGGUUCAGACGGUGCCAUCAACCUCGGAGCUGGACCGACGUUCGGCAUUCUGCUUGCGAUUCUUUUCACCCAUGGCAUUGUCUGCUCUGCGGCGACGUCUGUUCUUGCGAGACUGAACCUCUUCUACGUCGCGGUCAACGUCGGCACGACCAUUGCAGCCAUCAUCGCGUUGCUCGUGUGCAGCAAGAACCUGGGCAACCGGGUAGACACGACCACAGCAUUCACAAUGUAUGAGAACAACACGGGUUGGACGAACAAUGCCUGGGCGUUCCUCCUCGCAUUCACUUCGCCGAUGUGGACGCUCACCGGCUACGACUCUGCCGCGCAUAUAUCCGAAGAGACCGCCGGCGCCGCGCGCGCCGCGCCGAUCGCCAUCCUCGUCGGCGUCGGCGCGACCGCGACGCUCGGCUGGCUGCUCUACAUCGCCGCGUCCUUCGCGACCGCCUCGGUCGACAGGCUCCUCGGCAGCACGCUCCCGCUGCCCAUGGGCCAGCUCUUCCUCGACGUGCUUGGGAAGCGCGGGAUGCUCGCGCUCUGGAGCCUCGUCAUCGUCGUCCAGUACGUCACCGGGGCCGCGCAGGGCGUCGACGCGAGCCGGGUCGUGUUCGCGUUCGCGCGCGACAACGCGCUGCCCGGCUCGCGCUGGUGGAAGCGCGUCCACCCGGCGACGCGCACGCCGGUGAACGCGGUCUGGCUCGUGAUGGUGCUCGCGGGCGUGUGCGGCCUGCUUGGGUUCUCGGAGGCGGCGCUCACGUCCCUGGCAGGGUCGUCGGUCAUCGCGCUGUACAUCUCGUACGCGACCCCCAUCUUCCUCCGGAUCACCUCCGGGCGCGAGAAGCUGGUCCCCGGCCCGUUCUCGCUCGGGAAGUGGUACCUCCCGCUCGGAAUCGUCGCCGUCUGCUGGGUGUCGUUCAUCGCGGUGCUGCUCAUGUUCCCCCCGGCCGUCGAUCCCUCCCCGUCGGACAUGAACUACGCGGUGGUCAUCAUCGGCGCCGUCUUCGUGCUCGCGGGGCUCUCCUGGGUCCUGUCCGCGCGCAAGUGGUUCACCGGCCCGGUGCGGACGGUCGAGGGUACUGGGCCGCUCGAGACGGACGGGAAGAAGGGGCUGGAGGUGUUCGAGAAGGAGGUGUCCCAGACCAGCACCUGA